UCGGGAAUGGUUUGGACCGGAGGACUGUUGCAACGCUUCUUAAUUUCUUAAUGAUCGACCUGAUGCCCAUCAGAUACAUUAUUGUUGGACGGCUACAAUGCAUCCAGUUUUCGUGGAUUAGUAUCAAGUUUGUUUUCUAGAACCGUUUGCUAGCCAAAACAACCUAUUUAGGAGAACUUCAAGACACAAGAAAGAGUUACAAAAAAAUCUAUAGGCUACAACACAUCUGUGCUUGUUUUCUCUCUCGCUCAGUCGUUUGUACCAUUUUAGGGCAGUGACCGGGGUUUGCAGGAGCAAACUGCGUCUUUUCAUCAGAAAGUUCUAAUGAUUACGCAAGUGAAGGGAAUUGUCGGCACGAUUUGGACAACGGAUUGCUGUAACAGGGCCAACGGUGAAUGUUUUAUUUACCUCUUCACACAGAGUCGACGAAUAAGUUGAAUUGUACUGCCAACAAUGAAGGUGGAAUGACCUAAAUCUGCAACAUGGCUGCUACGGGGAUGCUAGUGGGAAAAGUUUAGAGUACUGACGUGGGAGAAGUUGUCUACUAAUCCAGUACAGUACAGCAGGAAUUGUUGGAUAAAGAAAAUCCCCCCAAAAAUAUUCGUCGCCUCUGAUUGAACAACGCACAUAAACACUGUGCGUUGCCCGAGUAAGAGCGGAGGAGUGCAAGACUACUUUCUUCUUCAAAUGAUUGUAGACUUUCUCUUCAAGAUUUUGUGUUUAUUUUUUAUUUUUUCAUCCAAAAUAGUGCAUCUCUCGUCCAGUGGGCCAUCUGAAAUCUAAAAUGCAUUUCUCCAUUCCCGAAACGGAGGUUCGUUCGGGAGAAAAUGGAUCAACAUAUGUGGCCUACAACAUCCAUGUGAACGGGGUUCUCCACUGUCGGGUUCGCUACAGUCAGCUCCUGGGACUACACGAACAGAUAAAGAAGGAGUAUGGCAACAACUUGGUACCUGCUUUCCCCCCAAAGAAGAUCUUUACUCUGACACCGACUGAUGUGGAGCAGAGACGUGAACAGUUGGAGAAAUACAUGCAAGCUGUGCGGCAGGACCCCAUGCUCGGUGCCUCCGAGAUGUUCAACAGCUUUCUAAGGAAAGCACAGCAGGAGACGCAGCAGAUCCCAACCGAAGAGGUUCCUCUGGAGAUCUACCUGUCUAACGGCCAGAAGGUCGAGGUCAACAUCCUGACCUCCGACCAAACGGAGGACGUCCUCGAGGCUGUUGCAUCAAAACUGGACCUUCCUGAUGAGCUGGUUGGUUAUUUCAGUCUCUUCCUGGUUCGAGAAGGAGUGGACGGGGGUUUAACGUUUGUGAGGAAGCUGCAGGAGUUUGAGUUACCAUACGUAUCAGUCACCAGCUUACGAAGCUCAGAGUUCCACAUCAUCCUGCGGAAAAGUUACUGGGACACAGCGUAUGACAGUGAUGUAAUGGACAACCGAGUGGGACUAAAUCUACUAUACACUCAGACGGUGUCGGACAUAGAUAGAGGCUGGAUCCUCGUUAACAAGGACCAGCACAGACAGCUCAAAUCACUGCAGGAGAAAGGCUCCAAGAAAGAAUUCAUUAGGCUAGGUCAGACGCUGAAGUACUUCGGCUACAUCAAGUUUGACCCGUGCGUGACAGACUUCCCGGAGAAGGGCUGUCACGUGAUCGUCUCUGCAGGCAACAACGAGCUUAACUUCCAGGUCAAGCUGCCCAAUGAACAGAUGAAGGAGGGGAGCUUCAAGGUCACUCGCAUGCGGUGCUGGCGGGUCACGUCUUCUCAGGUCCCGGUAGUGAAGGGCUCAUCCUCUCCAACCCCGGCCCCCUGCUCCUCAGCCCAGUGUGAGGUGAAGUUGGAGCUGGCCUUCGAGUAUCUGAUGAGUAAAGACCGUCUCCAGUGGGUCACCAUCACCAGCCCACAGGCAAUCAUGAUGAGCAUCUGUCUACAGUCGAUGGUUGAUGAACUGAUGGUGAAGAAGUCAGGAGGCAGCAUCAAGAAGAUGCUAAGGAAACGUCACAAUGGCUCCCUACAACGGUCUGAAAGUCAGCAAGCUGUGAAAUCCCCCCCUCUACUGGACUCUCCUGACCCAAACCGAGACCAGAUUGUCAAACUCUCAACUAAGCUGAGCUCUGUGUCUCUCAGAGGGAUCAGUGCCUCCAACUCAGCCAAUGACAUCAGCGGCAACGAUUUCCAUGGCAACUAUGCCUUCGAGGGGAUCGGGGAUGAUGACCUGUAAUAUUCACACCCUCCACCUGUCGAGCGCAACCUGCAAAGAUUCCAAGCUGAGCCGAGCGGAUUGUCUGAUUCUGUAAGAUUGUAGCCCUUCCUGGGAGUCUGCUGCCUGCCUUUUUAAGAUCAGUCUUGACGUAUCAGCUUCACAAAGACUGCCGUCUAUCUUAUGUGUUUCAGGUACAGAAUCACUGACUACCCACUGCCCUCCUGUUUUACAAUCCCCCAUAUUCAACUUAAUAAAGUAUCUACAACAUAUAGAUAAAUUGCAGUCUAAUCCACGGGGGUCAUCCUGCCCACGGGGGUCAUGCUGUGAAACACUAAAUUGACGUUGAAAUGACUAAAACCAAGUGGAAGCUGUAGGUCCAUUAUCACUGAUACACAUCUACAGUCUCUUCAAUCUGUCCAGCUAGAUAAGUCAUCUAUAGUCUCUUCACUCUGUCCAGCUGGAUAACAGUCAUCUAUAGUCUCUUCACUCUGUCCAGCUUGAUAACAGUCAUCUAUAGUCUCUUCACUCUGUCCAGCUAGAUAACAGUCAUCUAUAGUCUCUUCACUCUGUCCAGCUAGAUAACAGUCAUCUAUAGUCUCUACACUCUGUCCA